AUGCUUCUACCGCUGCUAGUCAGCGUACUGCUUUUUCGAAAUGCGAUUGCAUUUCUCCCAUUCUUCAAUGAAGAUGACUUGAAAUAUACAUUUGGAGUUGAGACUCAUGCGAAAGUCCCAUCGCACGAGGAGAUCGAUCCAAUGCCGUAUUAUCAUUUAAAUGGAAGCUUGCACAAACUGGAAUUUACGGCAUUUGAUAAGAUGUACAAUUUGACCCUUACACCGACUCUCGCAAAAUUGCUCUCAUCUGGAGUGACGAUUGUGAAGAAGAACGAGAAGAAGGGAGGAUCGUUGGACUUCGGAUCAACACUUGACAGCUGCCAUUACCAUCAUUACGGCGAGAAAGUGUACGCUGCUAUCAGUAACUGUGAUGGCAGAAUUAAAGGGACAGUUAUCGACGAUGGCGAAGUUAUCGUAAUCCACCCAUUUCCGGAUCACCAUGCUCAUCGAUCAAAACGAGCCACUGAGAAUGGAGCCCAUGUGGUGUACAAAAGAGAAACGCUAGCAGGAGAGCCAAAAGAUUUUUGUGGUCUUGAUAACGUUGUGACCGAGGAGUCUUUGUGCGAUUUUCGAAGAUGUCUUUGUCACUGGACAGCGAUUGACUCAACAGUCAGAUCUUAUUGUAAGUUAGCAGUCAUUUUCAAUAGAACAAAACAUUUGUUACAGGUCGAACUGGCUGUGUUUGUGGAUGAAAAUCUGUGGAGACACUUCAGCAGCAAACACGGAGGAAUGGCAGAUCGAAAGCUUCAAGAUUACACUCUCACUCUUCUCAACAACAUUCAGAUCAUGUACUAUCAGCCAACAGCAAGUCCUCCACUCACUUUCCGAGUCAUUCGAUAUGAAGUGCUUACAAGGCAACCAUCCGCUCUUGCUGGCUACCUUCACAAUCAUGGAAACGCUCAAAUGUACUUGGAUCGUUUCUGCAGAUACCAGCGAAAUCUGGCUGUCCGUGAUUGGGAUCAUGCUAUUAUGCUAACUGGUUACGACAUCCAUCGCGGUGCUGGAUCUCGUUCAAUUUCCGGGAUCGCUCGUCUCGAUGGAAUGUGUGAUCCAUGGAAUACGUGUACUUUGGCCGAAGGAUUGGAUUUCACAUCUGCGUUCAUUGGUACCCAUGAACUUGGGCACAGCGUUGGAAUGAGACACGAUGAGCCAUACUGUCCCUCGAAACACAUUAUGUCAUCGUCACUGGGUCCCGGAAAGGUCACGUGGUCAACUUGUUCGCUGAGAGAUUACCAUCAGUUCCUGCAACGACUUGAUGGACGCGGAAAAAACUGUCUCCGCGUGUCAAAUAUGCCGAAUAAGUUGGAAAUCUCGUCCAACGUAAAACCCGGUCAAAUCUAUGAUGCGAAUCUUCAAUGCGAACUGAUGCAUGGAAACGGAUAUCAGCAGGUCACACCUCGUCAAGACUCGUAUGAUGGCAUUUGCUACAUGAUGUGGUGUGGACAGUCGUCGUUCGGCAGAAUUAUUACCUCGCAUCCGGCGCUAGAAGGAACUUUCUGUGGACCAAGCAAGUGGUGUCAACUCGGAAGAUGUGUACCAUGGACCGGAACCAACGAAAUUCAGCCACCAGUUCAACACGUCGCUCCUGUCACCACUACCCUUCCAUCCAGAAUCGACGGUUCCUGGUCUGGGUGGGGAGCCACUAUCUGCUCCCAAUGUACAUGCAAUGGAAUUUUGGGAUCUGUUGGUCUUUCGAUUUCUCGCAGAACAUGCUCGUCUCCAUACCCAGCCAACGGCGGAAGCGAUUGCAUUGGUUCGAAUUCUCGAGCAGUUCUUUGUUCUCGUCAGUGCGGUCGUGCCACCAAGUCUGUCGAUGAGUAUAUUAGCGACAAGUGUAUGGAACAGAAACGUCUGAAGAACGACCGCGAACUAACUGGAAAAGGUAGUCAACUCAACCGUUUCCCGCAACGAGCAUGCAAAGUGUUCUGCGAUGUUCAACAACACUACGGAAGUCAACGCAAUUACCGAUUCUUUGGUGACAACCUUCCGGAUGGUACCAGUUGUGGAUACGAUAGAUAUUGUCUUGACGGAGAGUGCUUGGCAUUGUCUUGUAACAACAAUGCUCUUGUGAGCCGAGACCAAUCUUGCCCAUCUGAAACUUGUCCAAUCACUGACCAAUCAUCUUCUUUGUACCGUGGAAUAUGGUCUACUUGGAGUCUCUGGACGAGUUGUUCGGCUACUUGUGGAGGUGGAUAUAGGAAGCGUAACCGCGCCUGCUCCAUCAACGGACAGUGUGAAGGAAGUGAAGAUGAAACCGAGAUUUGCAACUCCGACGCAUGCCCAUCUGUUCUUCGUACCGGAAACGAAUGGAGUACCUGGACCGAGUGGAACCAUUGCUCAGUCUCAUGCGGUCGCGGAUCCCAAGCUAGAUACCGCAAGUGUCUCAGUCCGCACCGUACCUUAGCAUUCGACUGCCCUGGUGAGAACAAAGUCACCGACGAGCUACGCAUCACGUUCUUUAAAGGUUUACUAACAAUUUCUAAUACAACUUUUUCGUUCCCUGUUAUUUUUGAAUAUUUUUCAGAGAAAAACAUCGAAGUCCGCUCUUGCGACAAUGGGCCAUGCAAUGCUAUUGGUGUUUGGGGAACUUGGGGAUCAUGGAGCACUUGCUCCACAUCUUGUGGACCUGGUACUCUUGUCAGACAGAGAACUUGUAACAGAGAACCAUGUGACGGAUCAGCUCACGAACGCAGAUCUUGCAACGUAGCCACAUGCCAAAACGACGGAGUAUGGUCUCUCUGGAAUGAGUGGUCGGAUUGUAGCAGAGUGUGCGGGAAAGGGCUCAGAAGUAGAAGCAGAUCAUGCUUCGGAAGUGGAUGUUUGGGAGCAAGUUCUGAGCAACAGUUCUGUAAUGAGCAAGCUUGUGCUACAUCGAAUGCAAAUGAUUGGGGAAUGUGGUCGGCGUGGUCUCAAUGCUCGGUAACAUGUGGCGCCGGAGUGAAGAGGAGGACGAGGACGUGCCGAACUGGUAACUGUCCUGGAAACUAUAAGGAGUCGGCUAUUUGUAACGAUAGGGAUUGUGAGAAUAGGAAUGCUGCCUGGGGAGGAUGGGGAUACUGGUCAUCGUGCAGUGAAACUUGUGGUGAUGGCGUUCGUAAACGUGUCCGAAAGUGCUAUGGUAGCGGAAAUUGCGAUGGACAGCAAUAUGAAAAACAGUACUGUAAUCUAAGGACAUGCGACUUCCGAAGAAAGUUCUAG